UUUUCGUUGAGUGGCGUGGCUCGGCCACUCGACAUCCCCCAUAUUUCUCGCAAAUUUUCAUGGUUUUCUAAAGUUUUCCCAUUUUCCUCUAAUUGAAACGCUUCUCGCCACUUCAUAGCCUAGGCUCAACGGGUUUUCAUCAUGGCGGAGGCAGUAAAACGAGAGUACGAGGCGUCGUUGUCCGACCUGACUUUCAACAGUAAACCGCUGAUCAACAUGUUGACGAUGUUAGCCGAAGAGAACGUGAAAUACGCGAAGCCAAUCGUUGAGGUCAUCGAAUCCCGACUACAGAAGGCCAAACCCUCUGAAAAACUACCUGUCCUGUACCUCAUGGAUUCGAUCAUCAAGAACAUGAAGGGUGCUUAUCUCGAGGCGUUUACCCCGAAUAUUGUACAGACAUUCUGCAGUGUGUUUGAAAAGGUCGACGAAAAAACCAGACAGUCCCUUUUCAAACUGCGGAUGACUUGGGCCAGCUUCUUCAACCCCAAGAAGCUGUACGCCAUGGACCUCAAGGUCAAGGAGUUGGACCCGGCAUGGCCAGUGGUUGCUGACCCCACCGCCACCCAGCCAGCAGCUAUUCAUGUCAACCCCAAGUUUAUUAAAAAGCCCCAGGCCGAUGCUACGCCCAAGACAUCACAGCCAGCCGCCACCGCUACCCAACUGACCACCACCAGCAUACAGCUGACAGCGGUGGAGCUGGCCGAGCGCAAGAAGAAAGAGAGCGAGCGGCAGGAGAUGGAGAUGAGGCAGCAGCUGAUCAAGAAGCAGGAGCAGCUGCUGGACCUGCAGAAGAAGCGGCUGGAGUUUGAGCUGCAGCAGACCCAGAGCAAGCUGGAGGAACAGGCUCUUGAGCUCAAGCAGAAAAAUGAGCAGCUCUUAUUCCAGCAGCAAGCCCUUCAGCAGCAGCAGUCCCUUCAACAGCAGCAAUCUCUUCAACAGCAGCAACAGCAGGCAGCCGCAGCAGCAGCAGCUGCCGCUGCAGCAACCUGGCCAGGUGUCCCUCCUCAGCAACCACCUCUCAUGUGGCCCGGUGGACCACCCAUGCUGCCUGGAAACAACGGACCGCCCAUGCUUCCAGGUCACAAUGGCCCCGGACCCCCUAUGCCGAUGGUUCAUGACCAAUCUAUGAUGCCCAUGCACAACCAGCAGCAGCAGCAGCAGCAGCAACGUCACAGGCAACCGCAGCAAGUGUAUUUGCCGCCGCCACCCGUGCCGCCAUUGGGUUUGGUUAACCCGCAGGCUGCACCGCCCAUGCAGCCUGUUCUCCCAAUGCAACAGGUACCACCAGCCCAACAGGUUCCACCAGCCCAACAGGGCCCUAAGGCGGCAUCGGUUACCCGAGACCCUCGCAUUGCUCGUGAUCCCAGACUUGCUCGUCGUGAUCCAAGGAUUCGAGGUGCUGCAGAUGCCACCCCCGCCGUUCCUGCAUCUAUUGCUCAAGCUGCUCCAGUUGUUGCCACUGUACCCCCGGUCCAAAGCACAGCACAGACACCUGCCAUUGCAGUCGCCAAUCCACCGUCCGUGCCUCAAGCUACCUUAAAAGACACCUCACAGGCCACUUCUAAUCAGCAACUGAGAAGCGUGGUCACUGUCGCACCAUCACAGCCUAGCUCCAAACCAACUCCCAAGUCGCCAACCAAAGGAAAGGUUGCUAAAGACAGUAAAGCCAAAGACACAAAGCAGCAAGCUGCCCAGAAACGAGAAACAAAGCCCGACAAUAAGCCAGAAACAAAGCCAAGCGACAAGAAUGACUCAAAAUCAGAGGUCAAGCCGAAAGAGACAAAAGCAACGGAGUCUAAAUCAGAGGGCCAGAAGCCCAAACCAGAGGUAGUUGCCAAACAAGAUAAAUCAAAGGACACGAAAUCCAACGAUCGAUCACCCCGCCGUUCAAGUGACGAGAAGAAGGAUAACAGAAGCGACAGCAAAAGCAGAGACUCCAGAAGCUCCCGGGAACCAGAGCGAAGGACCAGCAGGGACUCCAAGAAGGACUUUGAUAAAAGAGAUAGCUGGUCCAGCAGGGAACGGGAUAGUAGGGAACGGGACAGAGACUACCAUGACCGACCCAAAGACAGGGUCGGCGGCUCCAGGGAACCAUCCAGGCUGGCGAUCUCCAGACGCAGAUCCAACAGGUCUCGCUCGCGAUCAAGAUCACCAGUUUCUAGAUCACGCUCCCCACGUGGAUCCGAUAAGAGUCGCGCAACCUCACGUGCAGACCCAAAGGUGGACAAAUUUGGUCGGGAUUUGCCUCGCCCUGUCAAAGAAACAAAGGAGGAAAAGAAACCAGAACCGGCCCCUGACAGUCGCAAGAAAGAAGACGACGGCCGCAAGAAAGACACUGAUGAAAGUUGCAAGAAAGACAUUGAUGAACGGGUGAAAUCGAGACGUAGUAGUAAAGAAAACGUGCCAGAUAUCAAAGCAGAGAACAAACUGAAUCAGGGGAAAUCAGAGAAAAGAAGGUCACCUUCUCCGGAUAAUGAAACUGACAAAGAAACCCAGUUGAAAGAAGAGGCACCUAGUAAGCGACCGCGGUUGGACGAAGAAACGCCACCGGACAAAUCACCACCUCCCAAAAAGGAUCCUGAAACUAAAGACAAGGACAAUCAGCAAAAGGAGAAGAAGGCCAAAGGCGAAGACAAAUCAGGCGAUAAGCACCCGCGACCGCGCCCACUGAUGGAACUUCCACCGCCACGCCUGGCCGUUGAGCCUGGUGGAUGGAGAAAAGACCAUCCUCAUCCCCGUGAUCGACUGGAGCAUGAGAGAGAAAUGAUGUCCCCUCCUGGAGGAUGGCGGGACAGGCCGCCGUCCAGACGAAGACUCAGCAUUGACCCGAACGUCCACAUUCCAAAGGAGUUGUCGCUGGAAAAGCAUGCCUUCAUUUUACAGCAGGCAGAAAAGCAACUCCAUUCUGGCGAGCUGACCCACCAGCAGCAUCAAGAGCUUUUGCGGGAGUUGUUUGAGUUGCACCAAAUCCAGAGACAACAGAAGGACGAUGAGUACAUGCAGCAGCACCCCCAUGAUCCGCCUUUCAGAAAGCACUACCCGGAUGAUCCCGAAAUGCGUCAUCAUCCGAGUUGGCAUACAAGUCACAGGCAAGGUGGCGUGUGGCCACCAGACAAGGACAUAGACCACAGGAGGUCAUCGGCUCAGGAUGUGGACAUGAGAGUCUUUGACCCCGCACACCCGAUGCAUGCUGCAAUGUCCAAGUCUAGAGGCGAGGACCCAGUGAAAUCGGGUGCAAAACCACACACAGAUGAGCAGUUGAAGCUGCCCAGUACUGACCAGGAUGAAAGGACCAGGAAUCCCGUCCAUAAGGAUCGUGACGAUAGAGUAAGAGGCCCGCCUGCUAAGAAUGUGCUCCCAUCAGCACCUCUCAAGUCCAUUUUGAAAACAGGAAAGUCGGUACCACUUGAGAGUCCCUUGUCACCGGAGCCUGAGGAAAAACGUGGCAACGAUGCAGUGACCAAAACAGUUGUUGAAGGGACUCCAGAAAAAGCCAAUCUGUCUGGGCAGGAAGACAAGCCUGCAAUGGUGUCUAAAGACCAAGAGUCUCCUGUCUCAGAUGAGACUAAGACCAUUGCACCACAGGUAAUUGAAACAAAAGACACUUGUGUGGCUGGAAAGGGUAAAGGCAAGAAGAAAAACAAGAAGAAGAAAAAGAAGGGCGCAGGCAAUGAAGCUGAGGUCCACGUUGAAGUCUCAGCAUUUGAGGAGAAUCUUGAAAUAAAACCCCCAGUUUUCAAUGAGAAGAAAGUCCAACCAUUGAUGGACAUGGACGAGCGCCGAAAUUCAACAGAUAAUGAACCAGCUAAUGUGCUUCCUGCUCCAUUCAGAGAAGCAGAUGAUUUAGAGGACUUAUUCCCGGCUGGAAAAGAUCGUGAUGAGCGUCAGGGUCCAGGACAUCAAGUCAAUCAAGACCGUGCUGAAAGAGGCAGAAUGCAACCUAGAGAAGGGCCUCCUGGAGAUGGUCCACCGAGAGAUGGUCCUUACAAAGAGGGCAUACGCAGGGAUCGUCCACCAAUAAUGGAUCAAAUCAGAGAAGGUCCUCCGAGGGAUCCAAGACUUCGUAAAGGUCCCCCUGAAAUGGAGCCAAGAGAUAUGCCUCCAAGACAAGGCCAAUUGAGAGAUGAAAGAUUGGGAGAUUUUCCUUCAAGAGAUGCAUAUCGAGAAUCCAUGCCAAGAAAUCACCCAUACAUGGACCGACAUCCUAAUGAACUAUCUAGAGAGGGUCCUUUUAGAGAUAGACCACCUGGGGAAGGACCUUUCCGGGAAGAACCCCCGAGGGAUCAUCUUUCAAGAGGAAGCCCUCCAAGGGAAUUGCCUUUCAGGGAUGGUCCACCAAGAGAAGGUCCACUACGGGGAGGUCCAAGAGAUGGUCCAUUUAGAGAGGGUCCCCCAAGAGAAGGCUUCUUCAGAGAUGAAAAUGGUCGAGAACACCAUUUUAGAGAUAUUCAUCCAGGAGAAGGUCCAUUCAGAGAUGGCCCCUUCAGAGAUGGACCGCCAAGACAAGGUCCAUUCAGAGAGGGCCCUCCAGAAUGGAACACAUAUGAGGAUGACAUACCAAGAGAAAGACCUUUUAGAGAAGGUCAUCCAAGGGAAGGCUUAUUCAGAGAAGGACAUCCAAGACACGGCCCAAUUAGGGAUAAGUUGUUUAGAGGUGGUCCCCCAAGAGAAGGUAUGCUGCCAGAUGAACCUCGGAGAGAGGGCCCAUACAGAGAAAGUCCACCUCGAGAUUGGCCGUUCAGAGAUGGGCCACCUCGAGAUGGGCCGUUCAGAGAUGGGCCACCUCGAGAUGGGCCAUUCAGAGAUGGGCCACCUCGAGAUGGGCCGUUUAGAGAUGAACCACCACGAGAUGGGCCGUUCAGAGAUGGGCCACCUAGAGAUGGGUCAUUCAGUCGAAGGGUUCCCAGGGAGGGUCCAUUCAGGGAUGGCCCACCAAGGGGUAGUCCACCAAGAGAAGGCCUUCUUAGAGAUGUUCCACCAGGAGAUGAGCCCUUCAAAGGACGACUGCCACCCCAUGAAAGACCGUUCAGAGAAGGCCUGAUCCGGGAAGGUCCUCCAUUCGAAGGUCCACUCCGAGAUGGUCUUCCUAGAGACAGCUCGUUUAGAGGUCAACCAAGAGAUGGUCCCUUCAGGAGGAGCCCGCCAAGAGGUGAACCAUUUAGGGAAGGUCCCCCUAGACCGUUACCAAGAGAUGGCCCCCUUAGAGAUUUUGAGGAAGAUUGGGACCCGAGACAUGGCCCACCACGUGAUCCACAUGGCCCUCCACGUGAUCCACAUGGCCCUCUGCGUGAUCCCAGAGAAGAAAGAUAUCCUGUACCACCCAAGGAGAUGCAACCAAGACCUUUAACAACAGACUUCCCUGGAGAAGCCCCAUUGCCCAUGGAGAGAUUUGGAGGUCCGCCAAGAGGAGGACCUGCCAGGGAGGGCCCUGGACCAUUGCCCCAAACGGACAAGGAUGAUCGCCUGUCUCAACUGAAGGACCUAAAGUCUGCAGAGCAUUUAACAGUAUCCCUGCCAGUGGAGAUUCAUGGUAAACCUCCAGCAUCUACAGAACCCUUAGUGUCUGUACCUCAUUCCGGGGCUCUGCUUCUACCAUCCAUAAACCCUGCCAUAAAUAUUCCUCCAGGCCUUGGAGUGCCCAACCUCGGCAUGGUUCCCAUCCUUGGGCAGGGAAUCAAUCCAAGCAGCGUCAUCCCUCCAAGCAGCAUGAUCCAGACGACAGGUCUUCAUGUGAAUGCUCCUAGGCCCACUUUCUUCAACCCUGGGCAGCCAGGCGGACUGAUGAUGGCCGUCCCUGGGCAGCAGAGGCCCGUGUUUGUACCUGGUAUGCCGCAAGGCUUCCCCCAGCACGCCCCGGGUGUUAGGCCAGAGUUUGAAGGCCAGCAGCUGUUGGACCUGAGGGGCUUCUCUCAACCUCCUCCUGGGAUGCCUAAUCCUGCUUUGAUGGGAGCACCACACCUUAUUCGGCCAGACAAUCCUCAAGGAACACCACCCCCUCCGCCCGUAGCACCUCUGGACAUCAAUUCACUCUUUGCCAAGCUGGUGUCAACAGGAAUCCUUCCCCCCACUAGAAGCGACUCACCAGUGGUACAGGGUACAGAAACGCCGCCCCCCACAGGGCCCAAGGAGGAACCAGACCCCGUUGAACCUGCAGAGAAUGAGGAUCUGUUUGUACCAGAGCUUGGACUCUACCCAGAGGAACUCAAAUGUCGGUACGAGGGUGUUAUCAAUCGCAUCUACACAGGCACGCAGUGUUCAUCUUGCGGUAUGCGCUUUGUUGUCGACGAAAUGGACAGAUAUCGCAAGCAUCUGGACUGGCACUUCCGUCAAAAUCGUCGGGACAAAGACGGCAUGAAGGCCGCCCAGAACAGGAAGUGGUUCUACGAGGUGGACCAGUGGCUAAAUUUUGAAGAAAUCAACGAAUUGGUGGAAGAGAGGAGUAACUUCUUUGAGUCCCUGGCGUUGUUGAAUGACCAAACUGACAAAGACGGUGUGCACUGUGUGGCCAUUGAUGCAAGCAUUGAAGGCGAUGAGAUGUGCAGUCUGUGCCAUGAGCCGUUUGAGCAGUUCUUCGAUGAGGACGAGGAGGUGUGGAAGUUGAAGGAUGCCAUCAGGUUCAACAGGAGGACCUUUCACCCUGGCUGUUACGAGGACGCAAAAGACGCUGCUCUUCUGGAAACCCCAACCCCAGGCGAGGAUGGACUGAACAGUUCAUUUGAUGUGACGUGGAGUCCGUUAUCAGCGUAUUCUCAGAAAGGUGCAUCAGCAGCUUCACAAUCAGCGGAGAAGCUGACGAACCUGAAAGACAACAACAACGAGCCGAGCUCCCCGACCGCUGAGCAACCCCAGUCAGCAGCCCAGACAACAGACGUAAAGAGAGAAGUCGGAGGUGACGUCAAGCCAUCCACUACUCCACCUACGUCAACAGCUCAACCAGUUGAUCCACCAGAAGUCAGCCAAAGUCCACAAAGCGCUUCAGCGGCUGUGGAAUUGAAACCCACGCCGGCAGAAAAAUCAGCGGAUCCACUGAAUGAUAGCAGUGCAUCAACCACGCAGUCAGCGGACUCUCAAGUCGCCUACGAGCCUUCAGCAGACACUGUUGUUAAAAUGGAGACAAGCACAAGCAAUGACAGUCAGAGCUCAACUGCAGCGGAAGAGGUGGAUCAACCAAUGGAGACUGCUACAGUUGCUGAACCUAGCGUGACUGUAAAGCAAGAACCAACUGAGGUAAGCGGAGUACAGGCGGAGCCUUUCGUUGACCCCGAAGUCAAAAUGGAGGUCGACGCAGUUGAAAAUCAUCCACAAGAUGCAGCAGUUGAGGAGAAAAUGGAAGUUGAAGACGCACAGCUUGUUGCUCAGGACACUGCAGCGGUUGAGCCAGCGCCAGGAGUGGAAACAACUUCCGAGAGUGUAUCAGCUGCAGAGACAAUCGUGAAGCAGGAACCAGUAGACGAACAGCCAGAAAACACGGCUGAGACAACCUCAGAGACCAUAGCCACUGUCGAGGCAAAACCAGAAAUAUCUGAACAGAGCCCGUCAGAGUUUUCCCCCGGCCUAACGCCGGGGCAGUCCCCAACGGGCUCAACCCCAGUCAGGGAUGAAGAAGAACCACCUACUCUUCCUACAGAAUCAGAACCAGUACAAACCGAAACCGGCGAAGUACAGCAUUCUGAAACGGCAACCGCCGAGCUAAAAUCGACUGAAGCGGAACCGCCGUGUGAAACACCACCCAGUGCUGAGCAGGCAGAGGCCAGUACCGAGGCCCAGCCCAAGCCAGCCGAAGAUACACCCAUCUCUGAAAAUCCUACUCCAGAUCCGGAAACUAAAGAAAGCCAACCAGAAACUGUGGCACCAACUGCGUCACUGCCAGAGCCCAGUACCGACUCAAAAGAGAGUGUGGACACUGUGACGGCACCCGAUACGGAAAGCCAGACAGAGAGCGAGAAACAGUCCUCGACGACUACCCCAGUGGUGAGCGAGGUGCAGAACAUUCAGGCCAUCAGUGUGAUAGGGAGGACUCGGUCAGAUAUGCAGAGACGGAGGGAUAUGUUCUUUAGGUGAUCCCGAAUCCAACUAUUAGCAGUGUAGUAUAUUUUGAAUCAAGGGUUGAUUUUUUUAAAAUCCUGUAUAAAGAUUGCAAAAUCGCCAAUGAUUUUUGUUAGUUUGAGACUCGGUUCUCCCAUAAUACAAAGUGUAGUUUAACAAAUGUACAGGGAACAAGUUGUAAAAAGAACAAAAAUAUUUUGGAAGGGUCUGUAACGGAUUGUUUUUUGAGGGGGGUAGAGUGAGGAGUUGAGUAUCUACUUGAACAGCCAGUGCUUUUCAAUGCAAACCUCUGGUCACAUUAUUCAUUCACAUACUCAGUCACAUAUCCACUGGAAGCAGCUCAUUUGACCAGGCAGUGCAUUCCUAAGAGGAGGCUUAUGGCCCCCUCCUCCCCCCCCCCCCCUACUUGUGUUCAAGAUUUGGUAACAGAGUGAUAUUUGAUCUUCUGAUCCAUAAUUUGAAGAGAAAAAAAGACCAAAUAAAAAAAAAAUACAUGUAUUGACAUAUCACUAUCUUUUUCUUGGUUUUUAUUUUUGUUUAUAUAAAUGUCGAAAGUACUAUGUCGAAGGUUAAUGGGAUUGUAUCUGGUGAUCAUUUGAUUUUCAUCGUCAUUUUUUGUCUAUAAUAAUUUGUGGGAACAACGUAAAAUAUUUGGUGUUGCAUAUCUUUCUCUCUUUAUGUUUUGCUUCUUGUCCUUGACAUGCAUAAUAAUAUUCUCAUUAAUGAAAAUGGCCAAUGUUUCAUAUCCUAUGAUGUCCUUUUACUUGCGCGAUAAUUUUUGAUUUUUGAAAUUUUUAUCCAUGCUAUUUGCUGGUGUUUUUAAAUCGGGGAAAAAAAUUGAAGCAAAAAUCAAGCAAGGUUCCAGAUUGUUAGAGAUUU